AUGCUUAGUUCCUUGACAKUAUAAGAACCAUAAAAAUAAAAURUGAGUGGGAUGUWYCGCKUCCUCUUACGCCUCUGGCUACAGUGGUGCAGUCAAUGCUGGAAGUUCAACGUUUUCGAACCAGACACAAUGUCAAUCGCGUAACUUUAUUCAAUAUUGAUAAUGUAAUGUUUGGAAGUAACAAAAGACGAGUGUUACGUUGUAGUUAAAUCGCCUCGAUAUUUAGAGAGGGGUGGGUGCGUGCGCGAGACAUGAGUGCCCAUGUAGCGCAGCUAGGAUGAGUUGUCAUCAGACUUCUACAUGGGCGGACGACUUCUGUACAACAGGAAAACGAACUAGAAGCGCUUGCAUCAAUUUUUGGAGAAGAUUUUAAUGAUCUGAGUAAUAACCAUCCAUGGAAGAUCAAAAGACCACUAGAGGUAUACCUGUGCCUGCGACCUAAUGGACUAAGCAAUGGGAAGGAAAGUUAUGUGACAGUGGACCUGCAGGUCCAAUGCCCACCUACGUACCCUGAUGUCUGAUGAUAUAUGAGCUGGCCGACCAUGUCCAGGGGUUCCUGAGUGAACACAACAAGCCUCCGUUCAGCUCCUUUCAUGAGGAGAUGCUGAAGAACCAGCGGCUGCAGCAGGAGAAGCUGGCGCUGGAGGAGCAGGAGAAGCUGGACCAACGCCGCAGGCAGGAGGAGCAGACGAAAUCUGAGAUCAUGGCUGAAAUCCAAAGAAGAGAGGAGGAGAAACGAGAGGAGAAGAAGAGGAAAGAAAUGGCCAAACAGGAGCGCUUUGAGAGUUUGGACCAGCCUGCCGUGGAAAGUUGUUCUGUAUUGGGCAGCUCACCUUGUUCCCCUGGGCUUCCACUUGAGCUCACUGAACCCAGAAAAGGGGCCAACCACCGGAGACGAACCAACUCGAACACCCGCCACAGACGGGACACAUACAGCGAGGAUAGCCAACGCUCACAGGAAGUGCUUCACUUCAGCAACAGUACCCUGGGGGACAUCGUAGUGCAUAGAGGGAAGUGCCUAGGGGAAAGUGAGAGGCUUGGCCGUAAUGUUUAUAAUGCGUUCGAUGCGACCAACGGAGAGUUUGCUGUAGUAUACGAGUGGAUCCUACGCUGGAACAAGAAGAUUGGCAAGUUCUUCACCAGCGAGGAAAUCAGGAAGAUUGACAAUUGUAAAAAGCAGAUCCAUGGAGCAGAGAGUGAGCUGAACUCCCUGCUGAAGCUGGAGCACCCUAACCUGGUGCACUACCAGGCCCUGAGCUCCAGUGAGAGGGAUGACUGCCUGGUGGUGGACCUGCUGGUGGAGUAUGUCGGGGUCAGCAGCAGUCUGAGCCAGAGCCUGGCCAGCCAGACCGCCAUCCCCCUGGAGCGCCUCCGUCUGCUCACCACCCAGCUCCUGGCUGCCCUCGACUACCUCCACUCCAACUCUGUUGUCCACAAACAGCUGGGCGCCUCUAGUGUGCUGCUGGACCACCAGGGCAAUGUGCGUCUCACAGACUACAGCCUCUCCAAGAGACUGGGUGACAUCUGCAAUGAGGACAUCUUUGUGCAGGCCCGCGUGCGCUUCUGUGAGGACAUGCUUCCCACCAAGGCUGGGAAGAAAGGGGACGUAUGGAGCCUGGGGCUUAUGCUGCUGGCACUGAGCCAGGGGAAGGAGGUCAGGGAGUACCCUGUGUCUGUGCCCACCAGCCUGCCAGCUGACUUCCAGGACUUCCUUAACAGGUGUGUGUGCCUGGAUGAUUCUGACCGCUGGAACACCCAGCAGCUCUUGGACCACCCCUUCCUCAACCCUCCACUUCCAAAGACCCCUCUACAGUGCCAGGAUGCUAGUCCAGAAGACAAUGGGGAUGACUUUGCGUCGUCGGUCAUCCCUCACAGUCACAUCCUCAACGCCCCGUUCAGCACUGGGCUGCAGAGGCAGUUCUCACGCUACUUCAAUGAGUUUGAGGAGUUACAGCUGCUGGGGAAAGGAGCUUUUGGUGCCGUUAUCAAGGUCCAGAACAAGUUGGAUGGCUGUUACUAUGCUGUGAAGCGUAUCCAGGUGAACCCGGCCAGUAAGCAGUUCCGUAGGAUCAAAGGUGAGGUAACGCUGCUCUCACGCCUCAACCAUGAGAACAUCGUCCGCUACUACAACGCCUGGAUCGAGAGGCACGAGACCCCCUCAACGGGGGUCCUGAGCUCAGACAGCUCCGAGCCCAAGAGCACAGCGGAGAAUCUGCCCCAGGUCCGAGCCCCCUCUCUGCGACUCAAUGAGCUGGGCUUCAGCAUUCUUGACAACGUGGAGGACAACGCCCCUCCCCCCGCCCUGGCCAGCUCGGUGGAGUGGAGCACCUCCAUCGAAAGGUCCUCUAGCGCCAAGUGUAGUGGCCACGAGACCAGCGAUGAGGACGAUGACGAUGAAGAGGAUGUCUUCUGUGCCUCGUUCCUCCCAUCAAACAGUGACUCAGAGAGUGACAUCAUUUUUGACAAUGGGAAUGGCAGCAUAUCUCAGGAGGAGCCAAGCAAGAGAGUGGAGGGUGACACGAUAGAUAGCACAGACUCGGAGAGGCCACAGCUCAUAGCACAUUACCUUUACAUCCAGAUGGAAUACUGUGAAAAAAGCACUUUGCGAGACACCAUUGACCAGGGCCUCCAUCAGGACAACAGUCGCCUGUGGAGGUUCUUCAGGGAGAUCCUGGAUGGCCUGGCCUACAUCCACGAACAGGGGAUGAUUCAUCGAGACCUCAAGCCUGUCAACAUUUUCUUGGACUCUCAGGACCAUGUGAAAAUUGGAGACUUUGGCCUGGCCACAGACCAUCCUGCUAAUGUGGCUGCAGCAGGUAAACUGGAUAUUGAGGAGAGUGGCUCUGUUCUGAUUCUCAAAUCGGACCCAACAGAGAAUAUGACUGGUAUGGUUGGUACUGCCUUGUAUGUCAGUCCAGAGGUGCAAGGAAAUACUAAAGCCACUUACAACCAGAAAGUGGAUCUGUUUAGCUUGGGUAUCAUCCUGUUUGAGAUGUCCUACCGGCCCAUGACCACCGGAUCUGAACGCAUCUCAGUCCUGAGCCAGCUGCGCAUGGAGGACAUCCACUUCCCUGAAGACUUCCCUGAGUGUAAGAGUGGAAUGCAGAGGAAGGUGAUUGGCUGGCUGUUGAACCAUGACCCGGCGCUGCGUCCCACGGCCCAGGAGCUCCUGAAGAGUGAUCUGCUGCCCCCGCCCCAGAUGGAGGAGUCAGAGCUCCACGAGGUCCUGCAGCACACCAUGGCUAACGUCAAUGGCAAGGCCUACCGCACCAUGGUCAACCAGCUGUUCUCCCAGAACACCUCCCCCGUCAUGGACUACACCUACGAUAUCGACCUCCACAAGGGUAGUUUUAAUUUCAACAGUGCUAAAUUGCAACAGUAUGUGUACGAAACAAUUACCAGGAUCUUCAAGAAACACGGGGCUGUGUGUCUCCAGACCCCCUUGCGCCUCCCCAGGAACAGGAAGCUGUAUGACGGCAGUGAGCCGGCCUGCUUGAUGGGCCACAGUGGCAUGCUGGUCACCCUGCCCUACGACCUCCGGAUUGCAUUCGCAAGAUUUGUGGCCAGAAAUAAUAUUACCCAUUUCAAGAGGUGGAGCAUUGAGCGUGUGUUCCGGCCCAGAAAGCUGGACAGGGCCCACCCCAGGGAGCUGCUGGAGUGUUCCUUUGACGUCAUUGUCCCCGKCACUAAUAGCCUGCUGCCUGACGCUGAGACCAUUUUCACCAUCGCAGAGAUUAUCCAGGAGUUCAGUGUCCUGCAGUUGCAGACGCUGUAUAAAUACAUAGAGCAGAAAGGAGACCUGCAGGACCUGGUCCCCCUCAUCACCUCUCUGACCAAACAGAAGACUGGCAAAGCAGGGCUUAAAGACCAGGAGGAACUCACUGGCCUGCUCAGGAGACUGGAGGCAAGCUACAGUUUGUCCUUCAUCAAGAAACGCAGACGCACAGUGCCAGACAUCAUGGCUGCAGGAGGGAGAUACGACCACCUGGGGCCAGUUUGGCUCUGGACAAGGUCUGUGCUGCCCUGGCCAGCAUGGAAGAGCCGUCCCAGGAGACUAUGCUGGAGCCCUGUAGACAGGCUGGCAUCACCUGCAUGGCCCUUGUCUCAGACAAGGACGGGAACUACAUCAAGGUCAAGUCCUUUGAGAAGGAAAGGCAGUCUGAGAAGAGGAUUCCAGAGUCUGACCUUGUGGAUCACAUUGUUCAGAAAUGUCGGACCAAAUUCUUUGCGGAGAGAAAUAUCCGGGAAACCUCUGAGACUGUCUCUUCAGAACACCAAGGGGUCACUCGUCAAUGCCUCAGGAUCGUCAGAGCAGCACGGGAGCAGCGCCUCCAGUAACAUCAAUGUGUUACUUAUCUCACCAGAGGUGUCCUCCAGCGCAAGACGGCGCUACGAGACCCAGAUUCAAACCAGAUUGCAUUAUCUUGCUAGCAAUUUACAGAACAAGAGCAAUGCCAUCGAAGUUCUGGCUGUGGACCUGCCGAAGGGAACUCUCAUCAACUUCCUAUCAUUGGAGUUUGAUGGAGAUGAGCAGUUCAACAUCMGCGUUAAACGUCUGCUGUCACAUCUCCCCAAGCAGCGCUACCUCAAGUCCAUCUGUGAAGAGAUCCACUGCUUCAAAAUCCUAAAAUGGGUUGCUGUGGUGGUUUUGUACAGCUACAAGGACGAUUACUACAAGAUUCUUCUGUAGCAGCUCCAAGCACAACAGGCUUCCUGUGGCGCUUUUCUAUAUAGAGAAACAGUAUCUGUUUAGAAAUAUGACUUUCCUUUUGAGACUGUGAACCUAAAGGGAAAAGUGAACUUUUAGUGUUAAAUUGUGAUCCAGUUACAAUCAGCUCUGAACCUCACUGCAUUUUUUUGCUCCUCCCUACAACUAGAAGGCAAAAAAAUGGUUUCUAAUCUUCUUACUGUACCUGCUUUAAUGUGUAAYGGUUAAUGUACAUUCUGAAGAGGAAUGUUUUUUUGAUUGCAGAUAGUGUUGCUAUAUUUCCAAAUAAAUGGCCAAUUCCAUAUUUUUAAAGUGACAUGAUGAGUAAUGGCAUUAAAUCUCAUAUUUUCCCUCA